AUGUCCUCAGACGAAGAUGACCCGUCUGCUGCUGGACCGUCAGCCUCGAAAAGACGUCGCCCCACACGUUCUAAUAACGCCUGUGAUUUGUGUCGAAAGCGAAAGGUUCGAUGUGACGGAAAGCAAUUCAGCACAGGAAAGUGCACAAACUGCAGCGAUUAUGGCCGAGAUUGUACAUUCACUAUAACGGCCAAGAAAUUCCCUCCCGGAUACGUCGCAGCGCUGGAGACCAAAGUGAAACGGCUUGAGAGUCUGAUACGAAAGCUUCUUCCAGGACAAGACUUCACCCACGAGGUGGGCUUCGAGUUGAACCGGGAUAACUGGAUGCUCCCCGGUGUUUGCGGCGCUCCUGAACCAGAAAGUCCAAGUUUAUUCCUCGCAGCGCCCGCCCCUACGACCGGCAACAUAGACUCGGCUGUUUCAAGCGCUCUGUCUGUCAUGGGGUCCGCUAAUUCAUCACCGACGACGCCAAUGCAGGAUGAUCAUCAUGAGUCGGACGAAGAUACCCGCGAAAGGACGACCAAGUUACAGAAUCUACGUAACGCUACAGCACCCAGCGCCAAGUCUUCGCUUCUUGCUGGUUACCUGGGCCGAUCUUCGGCCACGGAGCUUGUGAGGAAAGCUUUUGAGAUGCGCGCUGCACUAGCUCCAGAAGAACAAGGCAGCACUUUCAAACGCUCGAGAUUGUGGAAACGGCCUGCUUGGCUCUUGGCAUCCGAGGACGCCCACAUGCCCCAGCCUCAUAUUUUUCCCGACCAAGAUCUCAUGGAUGAGCUUGUCGAUCACUAUUUUGCGAACGCCAAUACACUCACGCCCGUCCUACAUCGUCCCACGUUUGAGAAGGAUCUCAAAUCAUCUCUGCAUCUUCGCGAGCGCAGUUUCGGCAAUGUUGUUCUCCUCGUGUGUGCUAUUGGAUCGCGUUUCACCCAUGACCGACGUGUACUUGUCGAAGGCGACCCAACAUGGCACUCGGCGGGCUGGAAUAUGUUCAUGCAGACGCGGAUUUUCGACGAUGCGUCUCUUCUAUUUCCUACGUCACAUCUUCAUGUGUUACAGGCUGCAUGUUUAGCAACGUCAUAUACUGCGGAUAUCUCCCCAAUUCAUACGUGGAUGAUCGUCGGAUCCGGCAUUCGAUUUGCUUUGGACAUUGGCGCACAUAAACGACGUGCCUACGGUUCGAAACCUGCACUGGAGGAUGAACUAUAUAAGCGGUCAUUCUGGACCUUGGUGUACUUCGAUCGCAUCGUCAGCGCGGGCAUGGGCCGGCCACGUACCAUCCAGGAAGAGGACUUCGAUCUCGAGAUGCCGCUCUGUUGCGAUGACGAAUAUUUGACGCUGGAAGAUCCCGAGCAGGCCUCAACUCAGCCAUCACUCAUCAGUUACUUCGUUUGGGUGCUCAAACUUUCGCAAAUCCAAGGACUGGCUUUGCGCACAAUUUAUGCGAGCGCGAAAGCACGAGUGCAUUACAACUUCCGAGGGGAGGAUUGGAUGAAUACUACUGUCGCCCAUUUGGACUCACUUCUGAAUGGCUGGGCUGACUCCGUUCCAGACCACUUGCGUUGGGAUCCUGCGCGUACCGACGACACGUUCUUUAGUCAAUCGGCCCAUUUGCAUCUCCAGUAUCGCGCCACACAACUCCUAAUACACCGCCCAUCUAUAGCGGCGCGUGGGCUAAAACCUCUUCCAACGCUAUCUCUCGUUGUCUGCACAGGUGCCGCACGCUCCAUUGCCCGAGUGGCGGAUGCUUUGAACAAGAGGAAGCCUGACCAUCUUGGUGCCCUGGACGUCUUGAUGUGGACUUUAGGAAUGUCUGCACUUGUGCUCCUCGUCAAUGUGGCGAACGCGCGCCUGAGCAAUACCCCGAUUGAUCGCACACGAGCGAUGGAGGAUUUCGAUUUACUGUUGUCUAUUCUUCGAGAUAGGGAGGAGCGCUGGCUAUCGGCUGGCCGGCAAGUUGACGUACUCGAAAGCUUCAGGCCGAUGGGCGAGGCUGCCGAUGAGCCCCAACUCACGGCCCAACGAAAACGCCCGCGCGAAGAAGCACCUCCAGACAUCCCACAACAAUUAUCGUAUGCAAUCGACGAGCCUCCUUCCAUUUUUCUCUCUCAACCCGAGAUUGCGCCGGCACACAACAUUCCACAUGGCACGACCUUGAACCAAUCUGUGCUAAAUGGUCAUCAUAUGCCAGAGCAAGCAGUUGCGGAUGGCUCGAGUUACGCGUCCCCGCUGAUUGGAUCGCAAUCGCAAAGUGCAGGCUCUGUGUUAGGGAAUGUUGACUUUGGCGCGCUUUUCGGCCUCGGCAACGCGACACUGGAGGGUGUACGACCCUGGUCGCCUGCUCCCCAUGAUGGUACGCUAGAUCCGUACUCAGCCGCCCCAUCCACAGGAAAUAGAGAGACUACGAUUCUUCGGCCAGAGGAGUGGGCCGGUAUGGCACUUGAUCUGGGGAUGGACGACUGGAAUCAUCAGUGGAUGAUGCCGUCUCAGUCGGGUUCAUGGGAUCAGGGUUUCGGAGGUGGAUCAGGAGGAUAA